GGCGGUGGACUCGGAGCUGCAGCCUUUCCCCUAUAGCAUCGAUAACAGUGUUGCUUCGCAAAACAAGGAAGGAAGAGUCGGUGGCCACCUUCAAAGGCAACGAGUUCUUCUGCUACGACCUGUCGCUGACGCCCAUCCAGAGCAGCACAGACGAGAUCACGCUCUCCUUCCGCACGCUGCAGCGCAACGGCCUGAUGCUGCAUACCGGCAAGUCGGCCGACUAUGUGAAUCUGUCGCUGAAGAGCGGCGCCGUCUGGCUGGUCAUCAACCUGGGCUCGGGUGCCUUCGAGGCACUGGUGGAGCCCGUCAACGGCAAGUUCAACGAUAAUGCCUGGCACGACGUACGCGUCACCCGCAACCUGCGCCAGGUCACUAUUUCAGUGGACGGAAUACUCACCACCACAGGCUACACCCAGGAGGACUACACCAUGUUGGGCUCUGAUGACUUCUUCUACAUCGGGGGCAGCCCUAACACGGCAGACCUGCCCGGAUCUCCGGUCAGCAACAACUUCAUGGGCUGCCUGAAGGACGUGGUCUACAAGAACAAUGACUUCAAGCUGGAGCUGUCCCGCCUGGCCAUCGAGCGAGACCCCAAGAUCAGCCUGCACGGGGACCUGGUGUUCCGCUGCGAGGACGUCGCAGCCCUUGACCCGGUCACCUUCGAGACCCCCGAGUCCUACAUCGCCCUCCCCAGGUGGAACACCAAGAAGACAGGCUCCAUCUCCUUCGACUUCCGCACCACGGAGCCCAGCGGCCUGCUGCUCUUCAGCCACGGCCGCCUGCAGGGCCCCAAGGAGCAGCGUCCCGACCGCCAGCUCAAGGCCGACUACUUCGCCAUCGAGCUGCUCGAUGGCUUCCUCUACCUGCUCAUGGACAUGGGCUCCGGCAGCAUCAAGAUGAAGGCCAGCAACAAGAAGGUCAACGAUGGCGAGUGGUGUCACGUCGACUUCCAGAGGGAGGGCCGCAAGGGCUCCAUCUCGGUGAACAGCCGCAGCACCCCUUUCUUCUCCAACGAGGGCAGCGAGAUCCUGGACCUGGACAGCGACAUGUAUCUCGGGGGGCUGCCGGAGAUGCGCUCGGACCUCAUCCUGCCGCCGGGGGUGUGGACGGCGUUGCUCAACUACGGCUACGUGGGCUGCGUACGCGACCUCUUCAUCGACGGCAAAAGCCGCGACGUGCGGCGCCUGGCCGAGGUGCAGAGCGCGCCGGGCGUCAGCAGCUUCUGCACCCGUGAGUUCCAGCGCAAGUGCAGCAGCGCCCCCUGUGCCAACAGCGGGCAGUGCCGCGAGGGCUGGAACCGCUACAUCUGCGACUGCACCGGCACCGGCUACCUUGGCUACAACUGCCAGACAGAGGCCACGGUGCUGAGCUAUGACGGCAGCAUGUACCUGAAGAUCAUCAUGCCGGGAACGAUGCACACGGAGGCCGAGGACGUGUCCAUGCGCUUCAUGUCCCAGAGGGCCUACGGUCUCCUCAUGGCCACCACCUCGAAGGAGUCGGCCGACACGCUGCGGCUGGAACUGGACGGCGGCAGGGUCAAGCUCACCGUCAACCUAGAUUGUAUCAGGAUAGACUGUAAUCUCAGCAAAGGACCGGAGACGCUCUUCGCAGGACAGAAGCUCAAUGACAACGAGUGGCACUCCGUGAAGGUGGUCCGCCGUGGGAAGAGCCUGCAGCUCUCGGUGGACAACGUGACUGUAGAAGGCCAAAUGACCGGAGCGCACACGCAGCUGGAGUUCCACAACAUAGAGACGGGCAUCAUGACAGAGCGGCGCUUCAUCUCAGUGGUUCCCUCCAACUUCAUCGGGCACCUGCAGGGGCUGUCCUUCAACGGUGUGCCCUACCUAGACCAGUGCAAGAACGGGGACAUCUCUUACUGCGAGCUCAACGCCCGCUUCGGCAUGCGCCACAUCAUUGCCGAUCCCGUAACCUUCCGGAACAAAGCGAGCUACCUGGCGCUGGCCACCUUGCAGGCCUACGCCUCCAUGCACCUCUUCUUCCAGUUCAAGACCACCACGUCCGAUGGCCUGUUGCUCUUCAACAGCGGCGACGGCAGUGACUUCAUCGUGGUGGAGCUGGUCAAAGGCUACGUCCACUACGUCUUUGACUUGGGCAACGGGCCUUCGCUCAUGAAGGGCAACUCGGACAAGCAGCUGAACGACAACCAGUGGCAUAACGUGGUGGUUUCCCGGGACGCCAAUAACGUGCAUACGCUCAAGAUCGACUCCCGCACCGUCACCCAGCACUCCAACGGAGCCCGCAACUUGGACCUCAAAGGAGAGCUCUACAUCGGGGGAGUGCCCAAGAGCAUGUACAACAGCCUGCCAAAGCUCAUAGCGUCCCGGGAUGGCUACCAGGGCUGCCUGGCCUCAGUGGACCUCAACGGGAGACUCCCGGACCUGAUCGCGGACGCCCUCCACAGGGUGGGCCAGGUGGAGCGGGGCUGUGACGGCCCCAGUACGACCUGUACGGAGGACUCCUGCUACAAUCAGGGCGUGUGUCUCCAACAGUGGGAGGGCUUCUCCUGCGACUGCACCAUGACGUCCUACGGGGGCUCGUUCUGCAGCGACCCUGGGACCACGUAUAUCUUCGGCAGGGGAGGAGCCCUCAUCACCUACACCUGGCCGCCCAACGACCGGCCAAGCACACGGGCAGACCGGCUGGCGCUGGGCUUCAGUACGCAGCUGAGGGAGGCCGUCCUGGUGCGGGUUGAGAGUGCCUCUGGACUGGGAGACUACCUAGAACUGCACAUAGAGCGGGGGAAGAUCGGCGUGAUCUUCAACGUGGGGACGGACGACAUUACCAUCGACGAGCACGCCGUCACGGUGAGCGAUGGCAAGUACCACGUGGUGCGCUUCACACGAAGCGGUGGCAACGCCACCCUCCAGGUGGACAACCAGCCCGUCAUCGAGCGAUACCCAUCAGGGAGCUUUGAUAAUGAACGCCUGGCUAUUGCUAGACAAAGAAUCCCAUACAGACUUGGUCGGGUAGUUGACGAGUGGCUACUCGACAAAGGGCGACAGUUAACCAUCUUCAACAGCCAGGCUUCAAUAAAGAUUGGGGGCAAAGACAGAGGUCGGCCUUUCCAAGGCCAGAUCUCGGGCCUCUACUAUAAUGGCCUGCAAGUGCUGAAGCUCGCAGCCGAGGGAGACCCCAAUGUGCAGUCAGAGGGGAACCUGCGGUUGGUGGGGGAUGCGCCAUCUGUGCUGACUACCGAAACCACCUCCGCCACCCCUCUGGCAGAUAUGUCCACCACCAUCAUGGAGACCACCACUACCAUGGCCACGACCACCACCCGCAAACAGCGCUCACCCACCAUGAGAGACAGUGUUACUCAGAAUACAGAUGACAUUCUCGUGGCAUCGGCAGAAUGCCCCAGCGAUGAUGAAGACCUAGAGGAGUGUGAGCCAGGAACCGGAGGAGAAUUAGUGUUGCCCAUAAUUACAGUGGACUCUCUAGACCACCCGUCUAUCGCCACCCGUUACCCCGUCAUCCCCCCGCCCCCCACCUACCGCCCCUUCCUCACCCUGCUCGAUACCACCAAAGAGUCCCUGACCCUGGCCAAUGCCCGCACCCCCUGCCCCAUGGACCAGGAGGACUGUGAGGACCCUAUUGAGGUGUCGGCCUACGGCUCGGGGGAGAUGACCGAGUCCGAUGACGAGGAUUAUUAUAAAAACUCCCCCCUCGUCACCGACAGGACGGUCCUGCCGCCUCCCCCAGCGGCGGAGGGCGGCGUCCAAAAUCCCCGCGACCGCCACUUCUCCAGGCCCCCAAACUCAAACCGCCCCCCGCCCUCCUCCUCCACCACCCCUACCGCAAAUCCUGCCCAGCUGCCCCGCCCCAAACCCGGUGGCGGCAGCCACAUACCCGCAGGCAAAAUGAACACCCGGGACCAGGUCCUGCUACCCCCGGCACCCCCGUCCUACGAGCCGGACCACGGCGGGCGGCACCGGCACGGCCCGGGAAUAACCCACCCUCCCAAUUUUCGCAAUGUGCCCACAGCCAACCCCACAGCCUCGGGAGAGAGAGGCCCGCCCGGCGCCGUGGAGGUCAUUCGGGAGUCCAGCAGCACCACGGGCAUGGUGGUGGGCAUCGUGGCAGCCGCCGCCCUCUGCAUCCUCAUCCUCCUCUACGCCAUGUACAAGUACCGCAACCGUGACGAGGGCUCCUACCAGGUGGACCAGAGCCGCAACUACAUCAGCAACUCAGCCGCACAAAGCAACGGUGCCGUGGUCAAGGAGAAGCAACCAGGGGCCGCCAAGACUGCCACCAAGAACAAGAAGAACAAAGACAAGGAGUACUACGUCUGAGAGCGGCCCCAGGGAGAGAGAGAGAGACAGAGAGAGAAAGACACAGAGAGAGAGAGAGGGAGAG